AAAUGGCCUUACAUCGUGGUCUAAAUUGGAUGCGAUUAUUUGUGCAUGGGAACGAGGUUCCUCCAAACAAUUGCUCGUUUACACAAUUUAAUGCACCGGUAAUGUAUUCCGAUUUUUCGAAACACUAUACCGACGCAUGCAAAUCGUAUGUAUCUGAAACUAGGAUAAAAUGUUUCAUGAAUGUACGUUCGUUUUAGUUAGGUUACCUUAAAUAUUUGCAUUUUAUGUAAUAUUUUUAACAAUGUCGAAAAAGAAAAAAGGUGAAGCAUGGGGGGAAAAUGGAUUCGAAGAUUGGGGAGGGUAUAUGGCUGCUAAAGCUGCAAAAUUGGAAGAGCAAUUUCGAAAUGAGGCAACUAAAGAAUUCAAAGAUGCAUCAAACAUAAUGGAAGGAGUUUCAAUCUUUGUAAAUGGCUAUACAGAUCCAUCAGCAGAUGAACUUCGUCGUUUAAUGAUGGCACAUGGGGGCACUUAUCAUCAUUAUAUGAGACCUAAAGCCACAACUCACAUUAUCGCAUCCAAUUUGCCUUAUUCUAAAAUAGUAUUAUUCAGGAAAAGUCAGAAUCCAAUGCCUAUAUGCAAACCAGAGUGGAUUGUAGAUAGCAUAAAGGCUGGUAGACUAUUGAACUUCCAAAAAUAUUUACUUUACUCGAAUUGCACUGAUAUGCAACCGCAAUUAAAGUUCAAGAGGAUAGAUGAAUUAAUGGGGUUAAAUGUCAAAGUGCAUGAUAGCACAAAGAAAAAUAAUGACCUCACCAUUUUGCCAAAUGAUACUGAUAAUGUAAGCAAUGCAUUGAAAAGCACAGCCACGAAUCAAGAAGUCUCGAAUCCUAUCGUAGCCCAUGGUUCAAAAGAGUCUAAUUCGACAAAAAAUCCAGAAUUCAUAUCAGAAUUUUAUAGUCAUUCACGUUUGCAUCACAUUUCAACUAUGGGAGCAACUUUUAAAAAUUAUGUUAAUGAAUUAAGGGACAAAAGUGAUGGAAAAUUUCCUGGACUAGACAAAUUGAAAAAAUUCAGAGAUUUAAAGUUACACCAGUCGAUGUCAGAUUCCCAGAACAAUUUUGAAGAUGAUACAUUCGAUUUCCAAGAAGAGAAUAGGACAGAUAGUAAUCAGGGAUCUGUAAUAAUGCAUAUAGACAUGGAUUGUUUUUUUGUCUCGGUUGGUCUUAGGAACAAACCAGAAUUAAAAGGGUUGCCUGUUGCAGUGACCCAUGCAAAGGGCAACAGGCAGCCUGCAGGUAAAGAUAUCGCACAAGACGAGUUAGGGUCGUUAUCAGAAAUAGCGUCUUGCUCUUACGAGGCGAGAAAAGCGGGGUUGAAAAAUGGCAUGUUCCUAGGGGAGGCUUUAAAAAUAUGUCCUAAUCUGAAAACAAUGCCAUACGAUUUCGACGGAUACACAGAAGUAUCUUACACGUUGUAUGAUACUGUAGCAUCGUACACGUUGAAUAUCGAAGCGGUCAGUUGCGACGAAAUGUACGCUGAUUGUACGAAAAUACUCGAAGAAUGUUCCCUGACACCAUUGGAAUUUGCUGAUGCGAUUAGGCGAGAGAUAAAGGAGAAGACAGGGUGUCCUGUGUCGACAGGAUUCGGUAGCAAUAAAUUGCUGGCGCGGCUGGCAACUAGAAAGGCAAAGCCUGAUGGUCAGUUUCACUUGAAACAAAACAUCGAUGCAUGCAUCGGUGCACUCGAUGUGCAAGACUUGCCAGGAGUCGGGUGGACUACGACGAACAAAUUGCAUUCCAUGAACGUCCGUACCUGUGCGGAAUUACAGACAGUUUCUUCGUCAACGUUGCAAAAGGAAUUCGGCAAAAAGAUGGGAGAAGUAUUGUACAACAUGUGCCGCGGUAUAGAUCAUUCGAAAUUAAACUUGGAGCACGUUAGAAAAUCCGUUUCCGCUGAAGUUAAUUACGGGAUAAGAUUCGAGAGCAACGAAGAUGCGAUAGACUUUUUGAAAAAGUUAUCUGUCGAGGUGUCCAAUCGAUUAAGAAAUAUCAACGCCAGGGGUAGGAUCAUCACUUUGAAAUUGAUGAUUCGCGCUAAGGAAGCGUCGAAAGAAACUGCAAAAUUUAUGGGCCACGGGCUGUGCGAUUACAUGACCAAAUCAAAAAAUCUUAUCGCUUCUAUCGAUGAUCCUGAUAUUAUAGCAAAGGAAGUGAUAACUCUCUGGAAUCAAAUGCUAAAGGUGCCUGAAGAUGCUAGAGGCAUCGGCAUACAGGUGACUAAGCUAGAGAUAUCAAAAAGCAAAUCUCGCGAUAUGACUUUGAAAAGUUUCGUCACGAAGAAGAGUAAUGAUAAUGGUAAUCUCAGGGGAUUCGUGGAAAAAUCUUCAACCUCCGUCCCACCAAUUUCCGUUCCUUCAACUUCUGUUCCUUUGAAAAGUUUCGUCACGAAGAAGAGUAAUGAUAAUGGUAAUCUCAGGGGAUUCGUGGAAAAAUCUUCAACCUCCGUCCCACCAAUUUCCGUUCCUUCAACUUCUGUUCCUUUGAAAAGUUUCGUCACGAAGAAGAGUAAUGAUAAUGGUAAUCUCAGGGGAUUCGUGGAAAAAUCUUCAACCUCCGUCCCACCAAUUUCCGUUCCUUCAACUUCUGUUCCUUUGAAAAGUUUCGUCACGAAGAAGAGUAAUGAUAAUGGUAAUCUCAGGGGAUUCGUGGAAAAAUCUUCAACCUCCGUCCCACCAAUUUCCGUUCCUUCAACUUCUGUUCCUUUGAAAAGUUUCGUCACGAAGAAGAGUAAUGAUAAUGGUAAUCUCAGGGGAUUCGUGGAAAAAUCUUCAACCUCCGUCCCACCAAUUUCCGUUCCUUCAACUUCUGUUCCUUUGAAAAGUUUCGUCACGAAGAAGAGUAAUGAUAAUGGUAAUCUCAGGGGAUUCGUGGAAAAAUCUUCAACCUCCGUCCCACCAAUUUCCGUUCCUUCAACUUCUGUUCCUUUGAAAAGUUUCGUCACGAAGAAGAGUAAUGAUAAUGGUAAUCUCAGGGGAUUCGUGGAAAAAUCUUCAACCUCCGUCCCACCAAUUUCCGUUCCUUCAACUUCUGUUCCAUCAACUUCCGUUUCUUCAACUUUUGUUCCUUCAACUUCCGCUCCGUCAACUUCGAAAAAUAUAAUCGACGAUCAAAAGAAUGUAGUUGAUUCUUACGUAGACGAAGCUGUUCUUUCGGAACUUCCGGAAGAUAUUCGAAAGGAAGUCAUGGAUGUUCAAAGAAGAGAGAGAAACGAUGGAGAAGGACCGAGUACCGGUGCGUCAAAAACUGCGAAAAAAUCCGAGAACCAUGGGCAAACGUUGCCAGGAAACUUUUUUAAGCAAAUCAAAUCGGGUGUUUCGAGACCAGCGAAGGUGGACUUGCCUCCUUUGCAGGAAGUCGAUAUGGCCGUGUUAAUAGAACUUCCCGAGGAUAUACGAAAUGAAAUUCUUAACGAAUAUAAAGAUAAAAAGAACGGGGUCAACGCGAUAAAAGAAGAGAGUAAUGAUGCAAUUGGUUCGAACACAGUAUCAUCGAACGCAGUCCGAGCUAAUCGCGACGAGGGAAUUAUAAAUUUUUCACAAGUCGAUCCAGAAUUUUUGGCCGCGUUAUCGGAUGACAUGAAACGCGAAGUUGAAAAUUAUUGUACGGCUAAGAAGUCGGCACAGUCUUCGAAAAUGAAGAAAGAGGAGCCAGCUCGCAAAUUCGGAGGAGGGUUGUUAACGAGGAACGAGAACGUCGUGAAAGGAAGCAAACAGACUGACCGUAAAACGAAGAGCAGUGGUAAAAAUUCGAAAGCAACGUCGACGAAAAAUGGUAAAAAGAAAGGAAUAUUGAACGCGUUUAAAGCUAAACAGACUAAAAACAAGUGUGAAAGUAUACCGGUUCAGAAUGAUGGUACAAGUACCAGCAAUGGUAUUUCGAAGUGCAUACUGCCACGCUUGAGUGAAAUGGGAUCGACGAAUGAUCGAGUUACCGGAGACGAAGCCGAGGCCAUACUCUCACAUAAUCGCACUAUAUCGGAAGACAAUGAAAGUUCAAUUCAACAUCAAGACAUUUUAAUUGAUCUUGUAAAUCGCUUACUUAAUCUACCUCUAGAACAGGUGAAGAUGCAAAUACAAAUAUGGAUCACUAAUUCUAAGAUCGUGAACGAAGUAGAUUUUUUAUCACUCGCAACAUUUCUCAGCAUGCUUCCGGAGAAGAGACGCAUCGAAGAUUUACAUAUUUUAUUGAAAACCAUGCACAGAUGUAUGACAAAAACUGGAAAUUGCAUUUGGCAUAGGACAUACAGGAAAACAGUAAAAUACGUUCAACAUUAUAUGCAGAUCGAAUAUAACAGCAAUCUAAUGGUACCACCAAUCAAAUGCAAUCAUUUGCAGUGUAACAAUGAUAUAUAAUGUAAAUUUCUCGGAAUUGAAUAAAUUAAUAUUUUUACAAUGAG